AUGUGGGGGAGAAGGUCCAUUACGAGACGCGCGGGCGUGGUAGCCCAGGCCGUCCGUCAUCCAGUCUCUCUCCGCCCCUCCCCCUCCCUCGUCUCGUUUUCUUCUGCUCCCUCCUCUUCCUCUCCCUCUUCCUCUUCCUAUUCUUCUUCUCCUUCUUCUCCUUCUUCUCCUUCUUCUCGAUUUCGACGUCUUCCUUCUAUUAGGCUCAAUCUGGGGGUUGCUUCCUUGAGACAUUGCUCGGCUGAAGCUCGCAUGAUGGCGUCCGCCGACAGAGACACCCUCCCUGACGUGGUCAAGCCUAUCAACUACCAUGUCUCUCUCUUCGAUUUGGAGCUGGGUGGCUCGUGGGGUUACAAGGGCCAGCUGAAGAUUGAUACCAAGGUUACCCGUGCUACGAAUGAAAUCGUUCUGAAUUCCAAAGAGAUUGACGUGCAACGUGCUGAAAUUCUGGGGAAAGACGGGUCACAGUUGGCCAAGGCUUCCAAGGUCAGCUAUGACAAAGAAUCAGAGCGAGUUACUCUGGGAUUUCCACAAGAUAUCUCGCCGUCAGAGGUUGUGCUUUCCAUCGACUUUACGGGAACCAUGAAUAGCGCCAUGGCUGGCUUCUAUCGUUCCAAGUACAAGCCCGUGGGCGAGCCUGCUGUUGAUACUCCGAAAGAGGGUGACUUUUACUACAUGCUGAGCACUCAGUUCGAGUCUUGUGAUGCGCGGAGGGCUUUCCCUUGCUUCGAUGAGCCGAACCUGAAAGCCACCUUCGACUUCGAGAUCGAAGUCCCCAAGGGCCAAACUGCCCUUAGCAAUAUGCCGAUCCAAUCGGAAAGAGAUGGAAGUCGUCCUGGGCUGAAAUUCGUGACCUUCGAAAGAAGUCCCGUGAUGAGCACCUAUGUUAGUACGAACCAGAUUGAUAUGUGUUUCACCCCCGCGUGGCUAACAAAAUACCGCUUGGCACAGCUUUUGGCCUGGGCCGUCGGUGACUUCGAAUACGUCGAAGCCAUGACUGAACGCAAGUACCAAGGCAAAAGUAUCCCGGUCCGGGUCUAUACCACGAGAGGCCUCAAGGACCAGGCUCGCUUUGCAUUGGAAUGUGCGCAUCGCACAGUCGAUUAUUUCUCGGAGGUGUUCGAAAUUGAGUAUCCCCUGCCGAAAGCAGAUCUCCUUGCUGUCCAUGAGUUUGCCAUGGGAGCCAUGGAGAACUGGGGUCUUGUGACAUAUCGGACAACGGCGGUUCUGUUCGACGAAGGCAAAUCCGACAACCGGUACAAGAACCGCAUCGCCUAUGUUGUUGCACACGAACUGGCCCAUCAGUGGUUUGGUAAUCUCGUCACAAUGGAUUGGUGGAACGAACUUUGGUUGAAUGAGGGGUUUGCAACUUGGGUCGGCUGGCUUGCCGUUGAUCAUUUCUAUCCAGAUUGGAACAUCUGGUCCCAGUUUGUCGCUGAAGGUGUGCAACAAGCAUUCAAUCUCGACUCCCUGCGGGCCUCCCACCCCAUCGAAGUGCCUGUUCGAAACGCCCUGGAAGUGGACCAGAUUUUCGAUCACAUCAGCUAUCUGAAAGGAAGCUCAGUGAUUCGCAUGCUUAGUGUUCACCUGGGCAAGGAGACCUUCCUGCGGGGCGUGGCAAACUAUCUCAAGUCCCAUGCAUACGGAAACGCGACUACGAAUGACCUGUGGUCCGCCUUGAGCAAAGCCUCUGGCCAGGAUGUGCACACUUUUAUGGAUCCCUGGAUUCGCAAAAUUGGUUUCCCCGUUGUCACAGUGGCAGAAGAGCCCGGCCAAAUCAGCGUGCGCCAAAAUCGGUUCUUGUCCACUGGAGAUGCGAAACCUGAGGAAGAUCAGACGACGUGGUGGAUCCCUCUUGGGAUUAAGUCAGGACCAAAUCUGACCACAGUUGACACCCGUGCCCUAACAGCAAAGUCUGACACGGUUGGGGGUGUUGGUGAGGAUGCCUUUUACAAGAUUAACAAGGACUUGGCUGGGUUCUACCGAACCAACUACCCCCCUGCGCGACUGGCGAAACUGGGCCAGUCUCUUGAUCUCUUGAGCACAGAGGACAAGAUUGGGUUGCUGGGCGAUGCAGCUGCUCUUGCGGUCUCCGGAGAAGGUACCACACCAGCCCUGCUGGCUCUGCUAGAAGGGUUCAAGGGGGAGAAAAAUUACCUUGCUUGGUCUCAGGUCUCUUCGUCACUGGGGAACCUUCGCUCCGUGUUCUCUCAAAACGAGAAGGCGGCAGAGGGGCUGAAAAAGUUCACCCUUAGUGUUGCUUCCCCGGCAGCUGAGCGGAUUGGCUGGGACUUCCAGCCCAAUGAGGACUAUCUUAUUGUCCAGCUUCGGAAGCUCCUGAUCGCAGUGGCCGGUACUGCUGGCCAUGAAGGUACCGUUGCGGAAGCUAAACGCCGCUUCGAUCUCUGGGCUACCGGAAAAGACAAGAGUGCCGUACACACAGAUCUGCGUUCGGCAAUUUUCGGGAUCAAUAUAUCAGAAGGUAGCCGCAAGGAGUACGAUGCCGUUAAAGAGGAGUACCUCAGAACCGAUUCCGUGGAUGGUAAGGAAAUCUGCCUGGCCGCGAUGGGGCGUACGAAAGAUCCGACUUUGGUACAGGACUACUUGGACUUUGUCUUUUCGGAUAAGGUGGCCGUUCAGGACGUCCACGGUGGUGCUGUGUCCUUGGCCGCUAAUUCCAAGGUUCGGCACUUGCUGUGGGAUUACAUGAAGAAGAACUGGACCGCCGUUGAAACUAAGUUGUCCCACAACAAUGUUGUCUUUGAACGCUUUGUGCGGAUGGGUUUGUCCAAGUUUGCCGAUCAUCAGAUUGGCGAGGACAUUGCGGCCUUCUUCAAGGGUAUGAACACCAGUGCCUAUGACCGUGCCCUCGUCAUCGUGGCGGACAACAUCCGGACCAAUGCAACCUACAAGGAGAGAGAUGAGGCGUUGGUGGUGGAAUGGCUGCAAGCCCACGGUUAUGCGUGA